AUGUUUUUCUCGGCGACGAUGAACCGGGAAAUGCGGGCGGUUUGCAAAAGGUUCAUGCAGAACCCCGUGGAAGUGUUCAUUGACGACGAAAGCAAACUGACGCUGCACGGGCUGCUGCAGUUCUACGUCAAGCUCGCGGAAGCCGACAAAAACCGAAGACUCAACGACUUGCUGGACUCUCUGGAGUUCAACCAAGUGAUAAUUUUCGUGAAGUCCGUUUCCAGGGCGCAGGCGCUGAACAAGCUGCUCACGGAGUGCAACUUUCCCUCCAUUGCGAUCCACGCGGGCCUCGACCAGGAGGAGAGGAUCAACCGCUACCAGCAGUUCAAAAACUUCGAAAAAAGAAUUAUGGUGGCCACAGACCUCUUCGGCCGAGGAAUUGACAUCGAAAGAGUUAAUAUUGUCGUCAAUUAUGAUAUGCCGGAAAGCAGCGACUCGUACCUGCACAGAGUGGGCCGCGCCGGCCGCUUCGGCACCAAGGGGCUCGCGGUGACCUUCGUCGCCAGCCAAGAAGACACCAACGUCCUGAAUGAUGUCCAAACGCGUUUCGAAGUUCACAUUCCGGAGAUGCCGGCGACCAUUGACGCCUCCCAGUACAUCAACCAAUGA